ACCAAUGAAACGACAAAGGUUGCUGUUAUCUUUUUUCUUUGAGUGGGUGUGUAGGGAAGUAGGCUGUUGUAAUUACAUUAAUAUUAUCUUAAGAGACACAUUAGGGGACACGUUCAAAUGUUUUACACAGAUUACCUGCAAGUGAAAUAUUUACUGGAACGUAUUCAAGGAGACCGAGUGACUGGAAAUUGUGAAUAAUUUUUAGGAUUAUUUCCCAGUAACCAAUGAAGCAAUUUAAAAGCUAAAAUGAGCCACAUCUACCAUUUCCUCCCUAUUUAUGUGGCAAUCCUUGGACUUGUUUCCAUCAAGACAAGUCUCUCUGUUGAGUGCAACACAACAAACGCCAAUGAAACCUGGUGUCUUGGUGCAACUCUUUUGAUCUAUGAAAACAACCUUGAUGGAAUGUGUAACGAUAGUGUUGCACAACCAGCCUGCUUCAUGAAACUUCCGGAUUCUACAAUCAACACUUUUUCACAAUGUAUUGGACUAUCGUUUAACACGCCUUUCAGCAGCAAAGACCACAUAUGGAAUCUCCAUGGAAUAAUAGAUACGGCUUUAGAUAUCUACUCCUUUAUGAGAUCAAGCUUUAGCCAUGGUUCCAUCCUUCAGCUGUCUGAUGCUAUGAAUCUGAACCCUGAAGCCGAUAAGUUUAAUGAUACAGACUUUGUCAAGACAUGGUUUAAAGUGAAGCUCAGGCCACUCCUAUCAACAAUAUCCCAGGAAUUUUUAUCAUGUCUCAGCACCAAACACUUCAGCUGUGAGACCUACCAGAAUAUGGUACAAGAACUGGGCCCACAUUUUUCAGACAUGAACCCAGUAAGGAAAAAGUGGAUCUAUAUGUCUUUCAUGUACCCUUUCCUAUCUAGGAACAGUACAGAAGGUACAGGUUGUGUAUCUCCAGAAGAUAGCAGUGAAGACUGGCUAUUGAAGAAUUUUGGGCCAUUUUCUGCCAUGGCUCGCCUUAAACACUUCACACAAUUGAACUUUUUCUUUAGAGGACUGGAGGUUCUGCAUAUCCUAACUCCAGAGCAAAAAGCUGAACUUCUCUUGCACCCAGAGCUUUCCGCUCUGGAUAAUGACAAAUUCAGACUGGUAUUUCAGAGCAUGUUACACCCUCUCCUUGAAAACCAGCAUCUGACUGACUUAACAACCCCACAGACCACAACCCUGGCUACCACAGUAUCAGCAACUACUGCAGAAAGGAGACUUCAGAAGAGAUUCAAAGGGUUUCUGACCUUCUUUAAACCAGUGGGGAGUUUUGUCAAGAAGUUUGUGUCUCUCACUAAGCAGGAAGAUUUUUCUUCAAUGAAGAGUAUUACACUCACCCAGGCAAUCAUGAACUGGACUUUAUCAGAACUAGCCAGUCACUUUGUUACAAACAUUACUGAUGGGGAUAACACCACGCCCACUCCACCACCGAUCCACUUUGACAUCACUAAUGUUAAUGACUGGUUCUUGCAUGUAGCAGUACCGCUUUUAAACCGGUUCCUGCCUCACAAUCAAACUAUGAUCUCUGGAAAACUUAGUGAAAUUUUCCACCAUGUUUUCUCUUUAAAUAAUGUUGCUGAUCAAGAACUGCCUGGUCCAGCAGAUGAUUGUAGUAUUUCUUCUGUAGGGGUAUCUUGCUCAAUACCCAAUGCAAUUGAAAACAUGGCCUAUGUUAUAAAUUGUGCCUCCUAUGCUAAUUUGAGCCUUACUGAAGAAAACAUUGUGGCAUUACUCAUUGAACUCUCCAAAGCUCUUAAUUCACUGUUGGAAAAUUACUGCUCAUUGAAUUUUAUGUCUGUCGGCUCCUACAUAAAAGACAUCUUUGGACUGCCUCAAACACACUUUACGGAGGAAAAUCUUCAGGAUGUGAAUUUCAUCCAACUCUGGUUCCAAAUCAAACUCAGACCACAUUUAUCAUCACUGUCAAAAGAGUUUCUCUCCUGUCUCAGCACCAAGAACUUCAGCUGUCAGACUUUUCAAGCCCUUGUACUGGACCUGAAUAAUCACAUCUCAGAAAUGGAUGAAAUCCAACAACAGUUUGUCUAUAAUUAUUUUAUUUACCCUUUUCUGUCACGGAAAGACAUCUCAGAUCCAAGCUGCACUUCUCAAACAAGCAGUAGUAAGGAAUGGCUGAUUAAGAAUUUUCAGGCAUUUUCCAUCUUUGCACAUCUAGAGGAUUUUUAUAAGUUAUACAAAAACUUCUCAGCACUGGAAGUCCUAGAUGUUCUCACACCAUAUCAGAAAGCGGAGUUGAUUGUUUUUCCCUAUAAUGAACCUGAAAAGCCAAGUGUCGUCAUCAACACGGUGUUUGAGUACUUCUUGGAAUCACCAAAGGAGACGGAUUUUGUAAAAUGCCUGCUAAACCUUGUUUCUUUAGCCCAGAAGGUAAAUAUCAGUUGUGACUCCUACAGAACCAUCUUCAUGAACCUUGAUGUGGGUUUGUCGGCAGUGUCUACUGAUAUAGAGUCAUUUAUCAUUAAAAUAAAGGAGCAGUUAAUUUACUCAGCGCCACAAGAUUGCCUAGUGGCCACAGAAAAGUGCCUUGUGACAAGAGUUAAUGGGACCAAAAUCUGCAAUGCAAUCAACAGCAAAGCGAUAUAUAACAAGUUUGUUGCACAUAACAUUGCAAAUACACACUGCAAAUACAGUAUUGAAGAAUAUGCUUGUAUGCCGUUGACAGACAUGUCACAACAUGAUUACGUUGAACUCCUACAAUGCAAAUUGCAUAAUGACAUCAGUUCUUCAAAGCAAAUCUGGAUGUUAUUCUUCAACAAAAUUUCAGGGCAACUGGAUGAAAUUCUCGACUUGUACUACAACCCGAAUAUCAGCUUCAGCAGUCUGUCCAUCUCCAACGUGCUGGAUGUGAUCAGUGAAAUUAAAAUUGACAAAUUUAACUCCACAUCCCUAAGAAAUGUUGAUGUCAUAAACCAGUGGUUCCAGAGGAGACUUCACCCGUUCUUGCCAUCAGUGUCUAAAGAGUUUCUAUCUUGUCUCAGCACAAAAAAUUUCAGCUGUGAAACAUAUCAGGCUGUUGUGAAGGCUCUGAGUGACCAAGUUUCAUCCAUGAACACACUGCAACAACAGUCUGUGUAUACCCUUUUCAUCUACCCCUUCCUAUCAAGAAAUGACACUUUAGAUGGUGCGUGUAUCUCCAACACCAACAGCAGUUUAGAUUGGCUUCAAAAGAACUUUGGGGCCUUUUCUGUCUUUGCACCUCUAGAAGAUCUUGUCAGCCUAAACCCCAAUUUCUCUGGUUUUGAUUCACUGCCUCAAUUAUCACCCACACAAAUAGCAGAAGUGGUACUGAACACUAAGGAAUUGAAUACAAAUCAGGCUGAGGCUAUAUUUAACAGACUGGAGGAAAACAACUCUUUCCAUAAUGUUGAUGAAUUUCUGACAAAACUGGCUCAGAAUUCAGAGGUUCCAGAUAUCACACCUGCUGCACGGGAUGUCAUGAUGAAUCGGACUUUCUCAGUCAUCAGGGAACAUUUCUAUGAAUUUGAUUGGCAGGACUGGGUCGAUUGGUUCACUGUCAAGCUGACAGUUCUCCUUCCCAGCUUCACCGGCGAGAUGCUUUCCAUCACACUCUCUUACGUCAAUUGCACCGAAUACCAAGUCAUUAUUCUUGGAUUGAACCAAGUCAUCGACAAAAUGCCGUAUCAAAAAAUCGAGGAAAUUACUGGGGUUUUGGUGGAAUACCUCAAGCACUUUAUUAGCCAAAACAAUGAUCAGGCCUGCAAAGAGAAGGAUGAUGCCGUGUGGCUGUCCAUCAAUUUAGGAAAUUUCUCCAAAUAUGUCAGCUACUCAGACCUGAAGGACUUUAAUAUUACAAUGCUGGAAAUUCUGGACUCCCUGUCUCCAGAACAAAAACUGGAACUGUUAUUCGAUCCUCUUAAUAACGCUCUAGAGAAUGAAACCAUCGUGACUGCUGUUUUCGACAGCUUCUUGACCUCUCCAGAUGACAGGGAGCUAGAUGAGUUCUUUGCAGAUUUUGUUCAGGCCGCUGAGAAGAGAAACUUAACCGUCAUCGAAAACUCUGCUGUAAGGGAUAUCAUGCUAAACCUGACGUUGACAGCACUGGCACCCAGAUUUGAUACCUUUGAACCAAACGACUUUGCACUUUGGUUCCAACGCUAUUUGAUGGCGCUGAUGCCUAGCCUUCAACCUAGCAGUUUGGAUGUCAUCCCCAGGAAUAUCAGCUGUAACUCAUAUGAUGCCAUAUGGUUGGGGCUCGACAAAAGCAUAAGAUCCCUUCCUGAAACACUUACCUAUGGUGUUAAAUUGACCAAGGUCCUGCUAAUAGAUAGAGCUACAAUGUGUGUGCCGCCCCCUAUUGUCAAGUGUGAAGACACACCAGUAAAUGAAUCGAGCGUUUGUGCUGAACUUGAAUGGAGUGCAUUUACACAAACUGUGACAUCAGGGACUGCUUUGCCAACGCUGUGUAAUAUCAGCAUUGCAGACUAUGUCUGUUCUUCAGAAGCAGAAUUCACAAAGGAAAAUCUGGUCAAUCUCUUGACAUGUGAACUAGCUAGUAACGUGAAUUACUCAGUAGCCACUUGGAAAAUUCUCUUUACCAAAUUUUCAUCUGUUUUGGAUGAAGCCCUGGAUUCAUAUUCAGUUGAGCAGACUCAUAUCAGUAAUUCCAUAGCAACAUCAGUUCUGGAUGCAAUCGAAGAAGUCAGAAUUAAUAACUUCAGCAGUACACAACUCCAAAACAUCAGCUUUAUCAACCAGUGGUUCCAGAGGAGACUUCACCCCUUCGUGCCAUCAGUGUCUGAAGAGUUUCUAUCCUGUCUCAGCACAAAGAACUUCAGCUGUGAGACCUACCAGGCUGUUGUGAAGAGCCUCAGUAAUAAAUUUUCAGAAAUGAGCGAAAAACAGCAGCUUUUAGUUUACCAGGAUUUUAUAACGGUAUUCCUGUCUCAAUCUAAUAGGUCAGAUGCUGCAUGCAUAUCUAACACACUUAGCAAUGCAGAGUGGCUUGAAAACAAUUUUGGCAAUUUUUCAGUGUUUGCAUCUGUGUCAGCUUUGCAGAAGUUGCUGAGUAGCUUCUCUCCGUUGAAUGCCCUGGGUGGUUUGACUUUGGAACAGUUAACAGAGGUUGCUUGUACUCCUGGGCUGUUGAAGAACCCUAAAGAUGUCAAUCUUUUAAUGAGUUAUAUGAAUGAUUUCCAGUUAGCAACUUUCCUCUCUGUUUUCUGUGGAGUCAUACAGGGUCAAGAAAGUACAUUUCCAUCCUCUGUGCUCUCUGCAAUGCUCCAGCAAGUCUUGCAGAGAGGCAUCCUUUCAGGACAGUCCAUUAGUGACACUGAAGUUUUGUACUGGCUGCAUUUCAGAAUUGAUCCCCUGCUAAUAAACAUGACAGAGGAUUUAGUGGCACCGUUAUUUAAUGUUUUUGAAAACAGGAGCUGCACAACUAUACAAGCACUAAUUCAGCAGCUUAACUCUGUACGCUCUACCCUGCAAAAUGGGACACAAAAUGAAAUCUACAAUCAGAUACUGAGUUUACAAAAAGGACCAAUUCCGCUACGUUGCUAUUCACACAACAGCUUCUACUCAUUCCUGGAUGGCUUAUUCCUUGGGUUUCCAUUCCCACCUUUAAGUACGAUACUUUCUUUGAUGCCAGGGUCUGAAACAUCACAGCUAAUUAGCUCCAUGUCUCCUUCUGACCUCGGCAGCCUUCUCAGGCAACCAAACAUCAUUGACAGUAACACUGCACUAUGUGCUCUUCUUAGUCACUACAACAGGACAUGUGAUUUCCUGGAGACCGAAGAGAUGCCGGAUAAUGUGAGACAAAAAAUCCUACCAUGUGUUUGGCCUUUAGCCAUAAGCAGCGCAAGUAACGCUUGCUUUAAGGCUUUAAGCCUGAAUCAGUACUUAGAGUUUCUCAGCAAGGAUCUCAUCAGCUCCACCGUAAUGCUCAAUGCCAGCUGCCUCGCAUUUCAGAACUUUGUUUCAGCCCUUGGAAUUGGUUUCAAUUAUAGCAGCAAAGACUUCAACCAGGCGGAUGUGUACAAUACCAUUAUGAGCUAUCUCAGCAUAGGAGAGAAGCCCAAAUGUUACAACGCUAAUGACCCAAACCUGAAUUCCACUGAUUGGUUUGUCAGAUACUUUGGGCCAUUUAUCAGCUUCAUGUCUUUGGAUGACGUUGACAAACUUGGUUCUACAAAGCUCCAGGUCUUUAUGCUGAACCCUGCAAACCUCCAACUUUUCAGUGUAAAUAGCUUCCCUCAGAAUGUUUCAUCAUUUUUCACAGAACUCAUUUACCAACAGGAUCCCAAUUUCAGCCCUUUGCUACUUCCACUGCAGUUCCGCUGUACUGCCCCUGGAACAUCGUACUCACAACUGAGCAUGGAAAACACUUUGGUCAUUCUCCAGACUAUAAAUCAGGCCUGUGGUGAGAUUGACCCUGAGAUUACCACAGCCCUGGCCGGAAAUCUGCCAGUCAGUGACAAUAUGAUUCAAGCUCUGGGCCAGGAAUGUGCAGGAUUUACCACUACGCAAAUUUUGGGAGCUCCACCAAAUGUCCUUAUGUCAUCCUUGGGCACGCUAAGUACUGUGAAUGGCUGGGACCAAGGCCAGGCAACAACCAUUAUACAAGUUCUUCUCAAAAAUUUUCAGAUAGACAGUGGUCAGAAACUGCUACAACUCGGAACUCUUAUAAUAGGAGUUCCCUCUAUGAUUGUCAUGAAUAUACAAUCUUCCCAACUUUUACAAAUAUCACAAAAUCCAACUUUCCUCACCAAUAUCAUGAAUGCUCCAGAAAUCAUACAGUAUACCUUUGUUAGUCAGAUAAUUAGUAUAAGUACGAACACACAGUCACUGUUAAUGAAUGUCCCUGAUAUCAUGGCGACCCAAAUCCCAAGGUCUCUCCUAGACUUUUCUUCAGUCUCCACACAAACAACUAUGAUAGAACUAAUUAACCAGAAAACAUGGAAACCUGACCAGGCAAUUUUCUUCUUUGACGUAGUAGCAAAUGGAAUAAGCCCCCUUGAUAACAUUUCACCAGACGUUCUACAAGGAUUUACGUGUACACGAGCACAGCGAAUACCAAACGACAAUGUUGUAACAAUCAUCAAAGCUUGUCAGAAAAAGAGAAAAUAUGUAGUCCUACAGGAAACCCAAUUAACCUGCAUGUAUAAUUACAUCAGAGAGAGUCGGCUAAAUGCCUUUGCAGAAUACCCACCCGAAAUGCUGUUGUAUUACAAUUAUGCAACAGAUGUGACGUCAAACUGUACCUCAUAUUUUACGAAUGUCGGAGCAGCAAACUUUGACGUCCUGUCAGACAUGUUGUCAUUCAUAAAAAUCAAUCUGUUGCAGAAUGCCAAACAAUGCCUAAGUAUUUCAGGCACAAGCCUCAGUGCAACGAAUGUGGAGGUGCUUGGCAAUAUGGUCUGUACAUUUAAUGGGUCCUUUAUUGAGAACUCUGAUUCACUGAUCUUGGAGAAACUAAAGAACUGUAACAAGUUCUCAAUGGGCCAAGUCACAGCUAUGGAAAAUCUGCUGUUUACUGAUACAACCAAAUAUGGAAAUGUUUCAUCAUGGAGUAUACAGACACUGACGGACCUUGGCAUUCUUCCCCUGUAUUUCACAAGAAACUUCUGGAACAAGUUCACACCUUCUGUUAUAAAUCGUUUCCUGAAAACAUUCCUGGUAUAUCUGCGAAGCAUUGGAACAGAGAAGUAUAAAAUGAAAAACCUGUUUAAAGAAAUCCAAAUAUCCUCCCGAUUAAAACGUGAUGCAGGCUGCACAGAGCCCAUCAACGCUGUCACUAUAAGUGAUGUCACGUUCCCCUUUGCAUUUAGCAUCACACAGUUCACUUCCUGUUUGAGUCCUCAAACUGCAGUGGAAAAUCUGGCAGCUCUCUCAGAAAAAGUUUACAGUAACGAUUUUCAGAUGGUAGUUUUGGACAAGUUAAAUCAGGCAUAUCCUUCAAGCAUUCCAGAAGAACUGGUUCAGUUGCUUGGAUCAAUUUCCCGUGUGGCCUCAUUAGAUGAUAUCAGUAAGUGGAACAUCACCAAGAUUGACACUCUGUCUGCUUUGAUGAAUUCGUCUGAUGGAGCUUGGGAUCCUCUUCAGAGUAACGCCAUCAUUACAAAAUACUUAAGUACAAAGGGCAACACUUUGGGCACUCCUGAACUGAAUUCAAUGGGAGGAACAAUCUUGUGCUCUCUUGACAUUGUUGUACUGAGUUCUAUCAACAUAACAAGCCUUCGAAAUGCCAAUCCUUUAGAUAUAUCCAAUUGUUCACUUGAACAAAAGAAAGACAUUUUCACAAUAGCUGUGGGUGCCAAUCCAAGAGACAAUACCACAUCGUUGACUAUCUACCAGCAAAUACAACCAUAUCUAAGUGGUUCAUCGAUAGGUUUUGUAAGGAGUUUGUCUAAAUCAUCGGUUAACAUGGAUUUGCCAACUUUUAUAAGUUUGGAUAAAUCGGUUAUCUUGGCUCUUACUGUCAAUGAGGUGAAAAGCCUUCUGGGUUUUAAUUUACCUCAGUUGAAAACAUAUGACAAUGUGAACGUCAUACAAGAUUGGAUCAAACUGCAAUAUCAGUCAGAUCUCAAUACUCUGGGCCUGGGACUAACAGGGGGAAUGGUCGCUUCUACAACUGGACCACAAACAACCACAAAGUCAACCGUAUCAGGAGCAGUCCCAAAUACAUUACCUGGUGGAGUGCAAACAAAAUCAGUUCAGAUUCUGCUUUCUAUUUUAUCUGUCUUGGGAAUGACUAUACUUCUACAAUGAGUAUGCAAGGAGAUGACAUAGUCAUUAAUAAAAUGUAAUGUAUGGUUUCUUCUCUUCACUGUUACUAUAAUAUAAUCCAUACUGAUAAAAACACUAAUCGUAAUGUAAUUGUCAUUUCAAUGUUUGUUGAAAAACACGUUGCUGACUUUACACAUAAUUGGACCCAUGUUUUGAGCUUUACUGGCAUUACUCAUAACAGGAAAAAAUAUCUGUGUCCUGUAAUGGGGAAAGAUCCUGAGAUCUAGAGAAUUAAACAAUUUGGGUAAUAUAAUGACUACAGUACCUAUUUAUUAUGGGCUACAGCAUAUGGAAGUAAAUGUACUAUGUUAUUGUAUAGUUUUUCAAAUUUAAAUUCUCACUCAGGGACAUUUAGUAAAUUUAAACCAAUUAGUUUUUUUUUCUGGAACGAUACGAGUUUCAGAGCUAAAAAAAUUGUAAUGAUCGAUAUACAGAGGACUUGAAAUGCUCUGGAAAAUGUAGAUUAUCUGGCUGUAUAAAACUGAAUAAGUGCCAGAAAUAUGGCAGUGCUUUCAUCUGACAUUGGACAGCAACCUUUCCAACAAUCAGGUCACAUACUGAUUAGAAGAAAAUUAUAUCAUAUAUAUACUCAGUGAAAUCAUAGAGAAUAAGUUUCUUUACUGUAUUUCAAAAAUGAUUUUUAUAUACAGUAAAAAUAAAAUACAUAUUGAAAACAUAAAA